UUUUAGAAAUGCAUGAGCGCGGAGAAGAGUGGAUGAAUAUAGAGAGAUGCAUGGCGGAGGUUGAAGAGAAAGAAAAAUAAGCAAUGAGCUAAAUAUAGAGAUAGUAAGAGUGAAACGUGAAAGUGGCCAAAGAAUGUGAAGAGAGAGUUGCUGAAAAACAGGGAGAACAGAUCAGAGUACUUGAGAUGCGGAUCUCAACUCAGGAAGAGGUAGAAGCCUCAGAGAAUAUAUAAGAGAUCCGAUAAUGUUUUCAAUGGUUGGAAAGUGUGAUGUAUGUGUGUGUAUGAAUGUAUGCAUUGAGGGAGCUGAAGAAGAAGAAGAAGAUGAUGAUGAUGAUGAUGAUGAAGAUGAGUAGUGCGCGUGUGUCUUACUGGACAAUGCUGCUUCUCUUCCUUGCAAUGCUGGAGCCUUGCCCUGUGGCGGCUUUUGACAUAACCAUACUCCUGUCGGAAUAUCCCUCAUAUUCCUCAUUCUCCGACUACCUCAAGCAAACGCAACUGACCGACGCAAUAAACGCCAGGCAGAGCGUGACGGUGUUCGCGGUGGAUAACACCGCCAUGGCUCCUCUCUCCGGGAAAUCAAUCCACCACAUAAAGACCAUCUUGAGCCACCACGUCGCGCUGGGCUACCUGGAUCUCCACCAAACUCAAACCAUCAGCGCCACCACGCUGUCGCAGGACGAGGGAGUGCUCCUCAAGAUCAACAACGGCGACGUCACCUUAGUGUCCGCCGCCAAGCCAAACGGCGUGGCCAGAGCCAAACUCAUAAAACCCCUCACGGCAGAAUCCGAGAAGCAGUGUAAUAUUUCGGUGGUGCAGGUAAACAGCCUCAUGAUAAACACCAAUCCGGAGGUUAUAAUCCCAGUCAAGUCACCUGUGCCGGUGAUAUCACCCGUACCGGUAAUCACUCCGAUUCCGGUCAAGUCACCCGUGCCGGUCAUUUCACCCGUCCCAGUAGUAUCGCUUGUUCCAACACCUACUCCGCUGCUAACACCAAUUUCCGCCGAUAUUAUAUCACCCGUUCCUGUAAUCUCCCCCGUUCCGGUCAAGUCUCCCGUCCCGGUCAUAACACCCGUCCCUGUAAUCUCACCGGUUCCGGUCAUCUCCCCCGUCCCGGUCGUAUCACCCGUCCCAGUAAUGACUCCUGUUCUGGUUAACCCCCCGGCGCCGGCAGUCUCUCCCGCCAUUCUGAUUAAACCCCCGGCUCCAGUAAUGCCAGCGGUGCCCGUAACUUCACCGGUUCCGGCAGUAUCACCUGUGAGAGUGCCGGUGCCUGUCCCAGUCCCGGUGCCGGUAAUGACACCAGCAGCUGGUGACGUGGUUGGGAGUCCCGGUUCUGCGGGUCCAGGUGACGGCUCUGCGGGUGAGACUGAAGCCGAUGGUAAACAUAAGUCAGGGGUGGUUCUGUUUAGCGUGAAUUGGUCUUUAGCUAUUUUGCUUGCUUUCUCCCUUUCACUAUUUAUUAAUUAUGAGUAUUGAUGGAUGAUUAGUAUGAGCAUUCCAGCAGUAGAUAUAGGAUUAGGACAAGGACAAUUAAUUCAUUCCUUUCUUUACCUUCUUUCUAUUAUUCCUGUAAUGUUUCUUAACUAUAUUACAUGCAUGCAUUGCAGAAUAAUACUUUAAUUUCUUUCUUCUC